UUGAUUUCCCAGUAUGUAUUGUUACCUCUACUGCAGAAAAUCUCUUAUAAAUAACAUGCAUUAAAAAAACUAGUUUUUGUAUAUAAUAUGUAUAUAUACCUAACCACCACCCCCAUAACAUCUUUCCGGGGCUGCGCGGAAAUUUUUCGGUUUUUUUCUUAAAAAUGAAUUUUAUUUUUUGUUUCAUUUCUCUGAAAUCAUUCUAUUUUUUGUUUCGUUGAGAUCAAAAUUUUAUUUUCGCGCAACUCUGGUAUCCCCCUAAAAUUCAUCCUCUUCUAUUAUUUAUGCGGAAUUUAUGCGGAAUUCCUUGAGCAUUGGGUGAGGUCAGGUUUAGAACUCUUACAACUGUGUUCAACCAAAAUAAAAAAUUGAAUUAAACAAAAAAUACCCAAAGCUUCAACAAGUGUAUGACAGUCCUUCACAAAAUACCAAGCAGCGAAAGGAUAAUCAGUUGGUGGACAUUUAACCAAAUUAAUUCCAAAAAAAAUUAUCAAGUUCAGUGCGUGGGUUUAAGCCCUACAAAAUUGUAUAAAUUAGAAAUUGUAAAAUCUAUUUACGUAGUAAUUGUGGUGUCCGAUGGUUGUAACUCUGACCAUCCCAUACGGAAGAAACUCCACAAACAAAACACUGUUACUGUUACAUUUAAAUUAUUUCGAUUUAAUUUUUGUUUGCCCUAUAUAUUUAUUUUACAGAUAUUUAGCUUAAGCUUCAUUCAGGACAACAGUUAUAUGCAAAUUUACCAAAAAAUUAUUAGCAAAAUUAAGGACUUUCCGUGGAUCUACAAAUAUUUUUUAUAA